UGCAGUUCCCGAGCCCCGUGUGCGGCACCGCCACAGUCGGGGCAGCGGCGGCCGGGGGAGCGCUACUACCAUGAACUGCCCUGCGCUCCUCCCCAGAGCUGCUCAUCCGGGUCGGGCUGGACACGCAGUCAGGGCACCCCGCCGCCGCUCCCCGUCUCCCUUCGGCUCCAUCUCCUCCGCCCUCUCCUCUCCUCCCUCCACCUUCUCUUCCUGCUUCCCCCCCUCCCCCGCCGCGGAUCCUGGCCGCCGCUCUCCAGACCCAGGAUGCCGGGGGGCAAGAGAGGGCUGGUGGCACCGCAGAACACGUUUUUGGAGAACAUCGUCAGGCGCUCUAGUGAAUCAAGUUUUUUACUGGGAAAUGCCCAAAUUGUGGAUUGGCCUGUAGUUUAUAGUAAUGACGGCUUUUGUAAACUCUCUGGAUAUCAUCGAGCUGACGUCAUGCAGAAAAGCAGCACUUGCAGUUUUAUGUAUGGGGAAUUGACGGACAAGAAGACCAUCGAGAAGGUCAGGCAGACUUUUGACAACUACGAGUCAAACUGCUUUGAAGUUCUUCUGUACAAAAAAAAUAGAACCCCCGUUUGGUUUUACAUGCAAAUUGCACCAAUAAGAAAUGAACAUGAGAAGGUGGUCUUGUUCCUGUGCACAUUCAAGGAUAUCACGUUGUUCAAACAGCCCAUAGAAGAUGAUUCAACGAAAGGUUGGACGAAGUUUGCCCGAUUGACGCGGGCUUUGACAAACAGCCGGAGUGUUUUGCAGCAGCUUACGCCAAUGAAUAAAACAGAGGUGGCCCACAAGCACUCACGAUUAGCUGAGGUUCUUCAGCUGGGAUCAGAUAUCCUUCCUCAGUAUAAACAAGAAGCUCCAAAGACACCACCACACAUUAUUUUACACUACUGUGCUUUUAAAACUACGUGGGAUUGGGUGAUUUUAAUUCUUACCUUCUACACGGCCAUUAUGGUUCCUUACAACGUUUCUUUCAAAACAAAGCAGAACAAUAUAGCCUGGCUGGUGCUGGACAGUGUGGUGGAUGUUAUUUUUCUGGUUGAUAUUGUUUUAAAUUUCCACACCACUUUUGUGGGGCCUGGUGGAGAGGUCAUUUCUGAUCCUAAACUCAUAAGGAUGAACUACCUGAAAACUUGGUUCGUGAUUGAUCUGCUGUCUUGUUUACCUUAUGACAUCAUCAAUGCCUUUGAAAAUGUGGAUGAGGGCAUCAGCAGUCUCUUCAGUUCUUUAAAAGUGGUGCGUCUCUUACGAUUGGGCCGUGUUGCCAGGAAGCUGGACCAUUACCUAGAAUAUGGAGCUGCGGUCCUUGUACUCCUCGUGUGUGUGUUUGGACUUGUCGCCCACUGGCUGGCCUGCAUAUGGUAUAGCAUUGGAGACUACGAGGUCAUCGAUGAAGUCACCAACACCAUCCAGAUAGACAGCUGGCUGUACCAGCUGGCCUUGAGCAUUGGGACUCCGUAUCGAUACAAUUCCAGUGCAGGGAUAUGGGAAGGAGGACCCAGCAAGGAUUCUCUGUAUGUGUCCUCUCUCUACUUUACCAUGACAAGCCUUACAACCAUAGGGUUUGGAAACAUAGCUCCUACCACAGAUGUGGAGAAGAUGUUUUCAGUGGCCAUGAUGAUGGUUGGCUCUCUUCUUUACGCAACUAUUUUUGGAAACGUUACCACAAUUUUCCAGCAAAUGUAUGCCAACACCAACCGAUACCAUGAGAUGCUGAAUAAUGUUCGGGACUUUCUGAAACUCUAUCAGGUCCCAAAAGGCCUUAGUGAACGAGUCAUGGAUUACAUUGUCUCUACGUGGUCCAUGUCAAAAGGCAUUGACACGGAGAAGGUACUCUCCAUCUGUCCCAAGGACAUGAGAGCGGAUAUCUGUGUUCAUCUAAACCGGAAGGUUUUUAAUGAACAUCCUGCUUUCCGACUGGCCAGUGAUGGGUGCCUGCGUGCAUUGGCAGUAGAGUUCCAAACCAUUCACUGUGCUCCUGGGGACCUCAUCUACCAUGCUGGAGAAAGUGUGGAUGCCCUCUGCUUUGUGGUGUCGGGAUCCUUGGAAGUCAUCCAGGAUGAUGAGGUGGUGGCUAUUUUAGGGAAAGGUGAUGUAUUUGGAGACAUCUUCUGGAAGGAAACUACCCUUGCACAUGCCUGUGCCAAUGUACGGGCUCUGACUUACUGCGACCUGCACAUCAUCAAGCGAGAAGCCUUGCUCAAAGUCCUUGACUUUUACACAGCUUUUGCAAACUCAUUCUCAAGGAACCUCACUCUGACAUGCAAUCUAAGGAAACGGAUCAUCUUCAGGAAAAUCAGCGACGUGAAGAAGGAGGAGGAGGAGCGCCUCAGGCAGAAGAACGAGGUGACUCUCAGCAUCCCCGUGGACCACCCGGUCAGAAAGCUCUUCCAGAAGUUUAAACAGCAGAAGGAGCUGCGGAGUCAGGGCUCGACACAGAGUGACCCUGAGAGGAACCAGCUCCAGGUAGAAAGUCGCUCCUUACAGAAUGGAGCAUCCAUCACUGGCACCAGUGUCGUGACGGUGUCACAGAUCACUCCUAUUCAGACGUCGCUGGCCUAUGUGAAAACCGGUGAAUCCCUCAAGCAAAACAACCGCAAUGCCAUGGAGCUCAAGCCCAAUGGCGGUGCUGACCAGAAAUGUCUCAAAGUCAACAGCCCGAUAAGAAUGAAAAAUGGAAAUGGGAAAGGGUGGCUGCGGCUCAAGAACAACAUGGGAGCCCAGGAGGAGAAAAAGGAAGACUGGAAUAAUGUCACCAAAGCUGAGUCCAUGGGGCUCUUGUCGGAAGACCCCAAGGGCAGCGACUCAGAGAACAGUGUGACCAAAAACCCAUUAAGGAAAACAGAUUCUUGUGACAGUGGAAUUACAAAAAGUGACCUUCGUUUGGAUAAGGCUGGUGAGGCCCGGAGUCCACUCGAGCACAGUCCCAUUCAGGCUGAUGCCAAGCACCCCUUCUAUCCCAUCCCCGAGCAGGCCUUACAGACCACACUGCAGGAAGUCAAACACGAACUCAAGGAGGACAUUCAGAUGCUAAGCUGCAGAAUGACUGCCCUUGAAAAGCAGGUGGCAGAAAUUUUAAAAAUACUGUCAGAAAAAAAUGUACCCCAGACCUCUUCUCCCAAAUCCCAGAUGCCACUCCAAGUACCUCCCCAAAUACCAUGUCAGGAUAUUUUUAGCGUUUCAAGGCCUGAGUCCCCUGAAUCUGAUAAAGAUGAAAUCCACUUUUAA